ACUGCAAAAACAAAAAAUUACCUGCAAUUACCAAAAAACCGCUGCAAAUAACCGCCAUCCCAGCCAUCACAAAAAAAUGUACUGCAAACAAAAAAAAGCGAUCAUAUCCAAAAAAGUUGCCUCAACAUCAGAAACACUGCAGACAUUAAAAACGUCUAACGGAAGUGAAUCUUGAAAACACCAGUGACGUCACGACUGAUCGGAGAUCAGUUUGCAGAUUUAUACACCAGAAGUGCAUUGGUUUUUGCUAUAUUCACUGCUGCGACAAGGAGGAAAACAGGAGUACGAAUCAGAAAACGGACGAGAGAGUGUGAUCACAAUGUAUUGUCCUUUUUGUGGACACCAGCAGCAUUCUAAGCCAAUGUUUUGCUGUUCGUGUGGAAAGAACAUUAAAUUCCUUUGUGAUGUUGAUGAUGACAAGCCUGGCACAAGUGAAGCUACUGGAAAAAGUAUGUUGGAGUCAUUUCAGACUUUCCGGAGUCUGAAGGAGAAAGAAAGACGAGGAUCUUUCAAAAAUAAGAAAAGAUCACUAAACGACAACCUUAAGCUUGUGAAGAUUUCAGUAGGUCUUAUGCGGCUACAAGAUGGUGGACUGAAGGCUGUAAGAGGAUCAGUGCUUCCCCUUUUGGUGCAACCAGAGGUGGAUGCAACCGCAUUGCAGAGAGCAGCUGAGCAAAAGCUGAAGGCCUUCCACAGAAAUUUACCAAGUGGUCCUUACUCACUGCUCUACCCUGACUGUACAAAGAUUUGUAAUAUACCGGGAACAGAAGUACCUUUCACUCUAAAAGAGUACAAGGAGGCAUUGGGGAAGGCCUACCAAAGGAUCACACUGUACAUUUGUACAGCUGAAGAUUUCUUUACCUCUUCUCAGGAAACCAACCAUGAAUCUGACUCAUCAGAUUCAGAAGUGAUCAUCAGGAGUCCGAGGUCUAAAGAAUUCAAUACAGCUGAUACAUUACUAUGGGAACCUGCAGAUGGAGAGCCAGGCACUGAUUCAACAGCUCCUGAGGUCCCAGGAACGUCAUCAGGCACAAUGGAAACUACAUGCUAUAGUAAAUAUACUGAGCUUUAUGCGCCCAUUGUAAUUGAGGAUGAGGAUGACUCAGACAGGGUUGAGUGCAACCAUGACAUUGAAGAAGAUGAAGGGAUGGACAAACCAUCUAUAUCUGAGAUAACGGCAAACCUGGCCCUUGAGAUCAACCAUCGAGCUGUCAGCAGAUUUAACAUCUGUCGCUCUGACAUCUGGAAUGGAGCAGUCAGAGGAUUUAAAAGGGCAACAUUUUCAGAGAAAAAAGACAUCUUAGUGAAAUUCUCUGACAAUGAAGGGACUCUUGAGGAAGGUAUCGAUACUGGUGGUCCCAAGAGAGAAUUCCUCUCCCUUCUGAUGAAGGAGCUGAAGAAACGGCCCAUAUUUGAUGGACCCAUGGAGAGCCGCUAUCUGGUCUACAACUCAACAGCUAUCCUAGAGGAUGAAUACUAUUUAGCAGGCAAGAUGAUUGCUGUGUCCAUUGUACAUGGCGGACCGGGUCCAUAUUUCCUCUCAAAGAACCUAAUCAGUUACAUCUCAGGGCAGGACAGUUUCAAGUCAUCUGUAGGAGAGAUAACAGAUGAGGAGAUAGGGAAAGUCCUAAAAGAGGUAUGAGGAUACUUGAUAGAAGAGUGUGAAAUUGUAAAUAUGAGUAUAGAGCGUUAUAUCCACUUACACCAUUCUUUCAAAUGAUCCAUAUGGCAUCACCGUUUUUAUAAUUCUAUUCAUAUUUGAAAUGUAAAGUACUCUAUUGUCUCUUCUUUUAGA